AGAGCAAUCACCUCACAGACUUGUACCGAAAAGAAGAGACCAUCAGCGUGGCAGGGAACGGCUGCAUCCACAGUCCUCGCUUCCCCAGCAGCUACCCCAGGAACCUCCUGCUGACGUGGCGGCUCCACUCCCCGGAGAGCACCAGGAUCCAGCUGGCUUUUGAUAAUCAGUUUGGACUGGAGGAGCCUGAAAAUGAUAUCUGCAGGUAUGACUUUGUGGAAGUGGAAGAUGUAUCAGAGACCAGCACGGUUAUACGAGGACGGUGGUGUGGACACAAGGAAGUCCCUCCAAGAAUAACAUCAAGAACAAAUCAGAUAAAGAUAACCUUCAAAUCCGAUGACUACUUUGUGGCUAAACCUGGAUUCAAGAUUUGUUACUCCCUUGUGGAUGUUUUCCAGCAUGCAGCCUCAGAAACCAACUGGGAGUCAGUCACAAGCUCUGUCUCAGGGGUAUCCUAUCCCUCUCCAUCAGUGACUGACCCUACGCUCACAGCGGAAGCACUGGAUCAGACCAUUGCUGCAUUUGACACGGUGGAGGAUCUGCUCAAACACUUUAACCCGGACUCCUGGCAAGAAGAUCUCGAGAAUUUGUACACAGACAGUGGCCACCAUUAUCGAGGCAGGAGCUACCACGACAGGAAGUCCAAAGUUGACCUGGACAGGUUGAAUGAUGAUGUGAAGCGUUACAGCUGCACUCCGAGAAACUACUCUGUCAAUUUAAGGGAGGAACUGAAGCUGACAAAUGUAGUUUUCUUCCCCCGCUGCCUCCUUGUCCAGCGCUGCGGAGGAAACUGUGGCUGUGGGACUUCGAACUGGAAAUCCUGCACAUGCAUGUCAGGGAAAACAGUGAAAAAAUAUCAUGAGGUGCUGAAAUUCGUCCCUGAGGCUGGGCAUCCCAGAAGAAAAGGCAGAACCAGGAACAACAUGGCUUUAGUAGAUAUUCAGCUGGAUCACCAUGAGCGUUGUGAUUGUAUUUGCAGUUCAAGACCACCCCGAUAA